CAGACAUGCAUGGAUGGAAAAAAAAUGAAACGGACAGGAGACAGGGAAUAGCAUGUAUACUGUAUAUGUAUAAAUAUAUAUACACACAGCAAUGCAGGCAUAGCAGAUAUAAGGGGGCUGUACUCAGUGGGACACAGCAGGUUUACAGGGACAUACAGGGAUGGAGUAUGAAUGAAGGGGCAGAAUUAAAGCUCCACUUUGAGUGUAAAUGUGUGUAAGCUUAUAUAAUAAAAUUACAUAUUAGUUUUGCUAGUUUCUGUGGUUUGGGGAAUGGAGGUCUUAUCUCUGCUGAAUGCGUUACCUUAGCAGGUGCUAGUGAGAGAUAAGGUUGUUUUGUCUCUGCUUUAUGAUGAUUGCUCUCCAGCAAUGCUAAUGCUUUAAAAUAUGAAAUCGUCCAUUUUAUUAUUACUGCUCUUGCAUUUUUUGUUGGGACUGAAGGGGGGACUGAUAAGAGAGUGAUGUCGUGUCUGGAUGUGUGUGCUGAUUUUACAGACAGCAGGUUAAAUGUUCUCUAUAUCCCCUUUGCUAAGUCGCCCACGGCAUCGCUUUUCCUAUCCAUGCUAAAGACAUGCUGGGGCAGUUUUAGGAGCCCAAAACACGGACGCUUAAAAUGAAGACAUAGCCCUGUGCCCCAUCUCCUUGUUCCUGUUGUUGUGGGAAACAUCUCGGUAGAUCGGAGCUUGUUAACUUAAUGCAACCAGUCACUAUCUUUUUUUAAAACAAGGGUAUCAAUCUCAGUGGGCUUUUGCUGAUUGCUGUUUUAUAUCUAAGCCCCGUUUCAUCUAAACACACACAAAUUAAAUGCCACAGUGUCCUUCUGGACCCUUUCAUUUCUCUGCAGUCUGAUUGCAUCUUGCUUGCCCCAAAACAAGAGCCUUUGUGUUGUUCGGUUGGCUUGUUUUGAACAUAAAGUGAAGGUUCUUUCCACUGUUUUCAGUUGCUAGUUCCUUCCUUUAUCUCAAAGCGGAGCCUUCAGAAGCUCCUCUCGAUGUCACUGACGUCGCAUGCACCCGAAAGCUUGCCCUGCGUGGUGCGGGAGGCCGUUCAGUUUUCGGGGUUUUGAUUUCCUUUCUAAGGAAGCAGACACGCCUGGUUGCUCAUUAGGUGCCAGGAGGGGUGGGAGUUUUGCAGAUCAGAACUUCCCCGAUAUUCCCCCGUCGAGCCCCAGGAUCCGGAGCUGCACUGCACACCAUUUUUCUUUCUCCCUGACUCAGCAGCACGUGCUACAUAUUUUAGGCUGUACGGCUUUUAUAUGCGCAGAUCUUCGGCCACUGCCUUAGACUCUGUCCUCGGGCCGCAUCAUUUUUGACUUUGUCGACGGUUUUCUUGGCUCGACUUGUUUUGGGUUCUGCCGUCAGAGGAGAGAUAUGGGCCACACUGUGGGCUGAGAGUCUCCAGGGCUUUGUGAACGCACAACUGCCGUAACAGCAGCCUAUGACAUGGCCACAGCCUCUGUGCGUGACGACAGCGAUGACAGGCAUGGAGGCAGGUCCCAGCUUCAGGCUGUUGUGUCCUGUGCCAAGCUGAAGAGGAAGAAAAACUGGUUCGGGACGGCCGUGUAUGUGGAGCUGGUGGCCGACGGGGAGGUGCGACGGACGCCCAAGUCACACAGUUCUUCCAACCCCAAGUGGGACGAGCGGUUGACGCUGAAUGUAUCUCCUCACUCCCAGCUGGACUUCAAAGUGUGGAGCCACCACACGCUGAAAGCCGACGCCCUGCUGGGGAAGGCCACGCUGAACAUCCACCUGGUCCUGGAGCAGCACCACAGGAAGUUGGAGAAUGUGAAGGAGGUCAUGAAGCUGUACCUGGAGAAUAAGUGUGGUGUGCUGGUGCCCACCGGGGAGCUCACUGUCUUCCUGGACGGCCUCUUCCUGGAGCCGGGAUCCCUGUCUAAUGGAACGGGGACGUCACCUUCUGCCUCUGCCACCAAAGUGCAGCAGGACUCGCAGAACGGAGACACUGUCCAUGAAAAUGGAAGGGGGUCCUCACCGGCUCAAGCUCAGUCCAACAGCGGCUCCAACAGUGGAGACAGCCAGGUCCCAUCCACCUCGUCCGGCUACAGCGACGGGUGCUCCGCCCCCACUUUGAAUGGGGGCAGUGUCUCCUCCCCAGAGCACCGCCCCCCCAGCCCCCAGGGUGUGCUGACACCCGACGAAGGACAGGUCUCCAAUGGCACUGUGAAUGGAGAGGCUUCAGCCCCCACUUCUGACGUGGCUCCCGCCAUCACAGAAUCUCUUGACCCUGCCGGUGACUUGGAGCAGAGCGGGGAUGCCCCCCCCUCCGAUUCCUCUCCCAGCAUCACCCCUGCCCCUGCCCCUGACCCCGACCCCGACCCAGACCCCUCCCCUGCUCCUGAGUCUGCUCCAGAGGAGUCCUCCCAGACACCUGCCAUCAGUGCUGCCCCCCUUACCACCUCUUCCCCCUCCUCCUCCUCCUCCACACCUGCUGCGGAGGCACGCAGCGCCAGUCCCAGUACGCAUGACGGAGGCAAGCCCAAGCAGCAGUCCAGUAACUCCAGUUCUGCUGGGCCCCUUCCUCCUGGAUGGGAGCAGAGGAAAGACAUUCAUGGUAGGACCUAUUACGUGGACCACAACACCAGAACCACCACGUGGGAGCGACCCCAGCCCCUGCCUCCUGGCUGGGAGCGGCGGGUGGACGACCGGGGCCGCAUGUACUACGUGGACCACAACACUCGCACCACCACUUGGCAGAGGCCCACCAUGGAGUCGGUCCGCAACUUCGAGCAGUGGCAGUCGCAGCGCAGCCAGUUACAGGGAGCUAUGCACCAGUUCAACCAGAGAUACCUCUACUCGGCCUCCAUGAUGUCAGCAGAAAACGAUCCUCUGGGCCCUCUCCCUCCUGGCUGGGAGAGGCGUGUGGACUCCAACGACAGAGUGUACUUUGUGAACCACAACACUAAGACGACGCAGUGGGAGGACCCACGGACACAGGGGCUGCAGAACGAGGACCCGCUGCCUGAGGGCUGGGAGAUUCGCUACACACGUGAGGGCGUCCGCUACUUCGUGGAUCACAACACUCGCACCACCACCUUCAACGACCCACGCACGGGCAAGUCGUCCGUAACCAAAGGUCCGCAGAUCGCCUAUGAGCGCAGCUUCAGGUGGAAGUUGGCCCAUUUCCGCUACCUGUGUCAGUCGAACGCCCUUCCCAGCCACGUCAAGAUCACUGUGUCCCGGCAGACUCUGUUUGAAGAUUCCUUCCAGCAGAUCAUGGCCCUCAAACCGUACGACCUGCGGAGGAGGCUGUACGUCAUAUUCAGGGGGGAGGAGGGACUCGACUACGGUGGCCUGGCGAGGGAAUGGUUCUUCCUUCUGUCCCACGAGGUCCUGAACCCCAUGUACUGCUUGUUCGAGUACGCCGGAAAGAGCAAUUACUGCCUGCAGAUCAACCCCGCGUCGGCCAUCAACCCCGACCACCUGUCCUACUUCAACUUCAUCGGCCGCUUCAUCGCCAUGGCUCUCUUUCAUGGCAAGUUCAUUGACACAGGCUUCUCCCUGCCCUUCUACAAGCGCAUGCUUAACAAGAAGCUGACCAUCAAGGACCUGGAGUCCAUUGACCCGGAGUUCUACAACUCGCUCAUCUGGAUUAGAGAUAACAACAUCGAGGAGUGUGGCCUGGAGAUGUACUUCUCUGUAGACAUGGAAAUUCUGGGCAAGAUUACCUCACAUGACCUGAAGCCGGAUGGAGCUGAUCUGCUGGUGACGGAGGAGAACAAAGAGGAGUACAUCGGGCUGAUGGCAGAGUGGCGCUUCUCCCGAGGCGUGGAAGAGCAAACCAAAGCUUUCCUGGAUGGCUUCAAUGAGGUGGUGCCCCUUCAGUGGCUGCAGUACUUUGACGAGAAGGAGCUAGAGGUGAUGCUGUGUGGCAUGCUUGAGGUGGACCUGCAGGACUGGCAGAGAAACACUGUGUACCGGCACUACACCCGCAACAGCAAGCAGAUCAUCUGGUUCUGGCAGCUCGUGAAGGAGGUGGACAAUGAGGUGCGCCUGCGGCUAAUGCAGUUCGUCACGGGAACCUGCCGCCUGCCACUAGGGGGCUUCGCCGAGCUCAUGGGGAGCAAUGGGCCCCAGAAGUUCUGCAUCGAGAAGGUGGGCAAGGAGACCUGGCUGCCCCGGAGUCACACCUGCUUCAACAGGCUGGAUCUGCCGCCAUAUAAAAGCUUUGAGCAGCUGAAGGAGAAGCUGCUGUUUGCCAUAGAAGAGACUGAAGGGUUCGGCCAAGAAUAGCCAGAGUUCAUGUCCACAGUGGCGUUCAGCUUCAUGAUGGCUGCUGUGGAGACGGAGUCCUUCUAUUACCCAGCCAAGCUAAAGGAAAACAAAAAAACAACCAAAAACACAGUGCACAGAUAACUACUAAUAUAUGUGUAUAUAUAUAUAUAUACAUAUAUAUAUAUAUAUAUAUAUAUAAAAAUAAGCUAUUUUGUCAUUAAGGAGUUUGUCCCUAUUUUGCAUCAUUUCCCUCAGUGAAACCCCUCAUUUCUCCCUCAUGAAUAUGCAGCAGGAAUCUCAGCUUUUUCUCUUUUGAAAGAGUCUUUAUUUUUCAUUUUGCCUGGUUUUUAAAAGAAGAUCCAGAAAGAUGGAUUUUAUAGUGAAAUUGUAUGAGGAGCUCUAGUUUUAUAGAGCUUCCAAGAGACUCUGCUCCGGGCCCGCUCCGGACCCGCUCCAGGCCUGCUCCGGACUCGUUCCGGGCCUGCUCUGGACCCGCUCCGGGCCCACCUGGAUCCCCAUAUUGCUGCCUUCUCUGUGUGUGCAUGGCUGGCCGUAGAAUCACGUCGGAACCAACCCGGACGCCAUCAUCAGAGCGUCCGAGCCCCGCCUAUAACAGCGCCGGUUCCCCUCUCUAAGUCCGCAGCGCCAUCCGUUAGCCUAGCGUGUUAGAGCCCUCUCUGGGCCGGUCCCGUCGUUCUGCUUCUCCCCCCUCCUACUGCACGCAAGAUUACAAUUCUUGGGGGGGGGGGGGGGGUCAUCCAACCAGGGGAAGUUCCUUUAAGGAGUAUAGAGCCUAGCAGUCCAUUGAGCUGCGUCCGUCUAGGGCAGGGGUCUCAAAGAUCCAGCCCGCGAGGCGGUUCUCUCCAGCAUGUGAUAUGUUUUUAUAAUAUCGCUAAAUCUAUCCCGCAAGUCGAUGUUUCGUUUUCUACAGAGGAUAAAAAACAUCGUGACUUCGUUCUCCUAAUCAGCGGCUGUGAAAUCGACAAUAAGCUUGGUAAAUUUUACCGUAACCUGCUGACCCUUAAGUGGCUGGCUGAAGCUAAAGACGUCCUAGCUAGCGGUCACCGGGUUGCUUGAGUUUGAGACCCCUGGUCUAGACCCUACAGGCCUCACCUGGCAGCCCUAAGCGGCCAGCGGCCUGCCACCCAGUGACCAGCGUUAUAGCCGACGUGGUGACCACGGUCCUCUGCGCUCUCCACUCCCCAACGGACUGAGCUCCCACCGGCCAGCACUCCGCGUCUCCGGACCACCCGCUGAAAGCCAUAUCUCGUACUUGGGCGGUUCCCCGUUCGCUUUCCGUUAUAUCCAAGGAAAGGCGCUACACUGGGCUCAUAGCAACUCCCCAGACUGAUGAAGUGUACCUUUAAGGGCACAGCUGAAUGGAUGUGGUUUUUCUGCUGAGACUCGUCAAAAGAGAGCAAUUAAAAAUGAAAGGGUAGAA